CAUGUCUUUCAAUUCAUUAAGGAAAAAAUACUGAAGCAAAUCUUUCUGAACUUUGUAGCUAUGGAAACCUACAAACUCAUUUCUGUACUUCUUUCUUUCACAAUUGCAUUCUGCACUUCAGCAAGAAUGCUCGAUGAGCAUCCCUCGGACUUGUCGUCGAAUCCGGUUGUGGCGCCUGUUUCUAUUGUGCCGUCACUGACCACCACCCCAACAGGCACACAGCCUAAUCCUAGUGUAGCUGCAACCACUGGUUCCAUUCCCACAGGAGGCAAUGUUGCCAACCCUGUGCUAGACCCUGACCACACUCUUACCUUUUUCAUGCACGACAUCCUCGGAGGGUCGAACCCGUCUGCUCUAGCAGUCACCGGUGCGGUCAGCAACCCGGCACUCAAUGGUCAACUUCCAUUUGCUAAACCAAAUGGUGCAAACCUCCCUGUGAAUAAUGGAAUAAGCCAAAACAGUGGCAAUACUGGUCUGUUAAACAACAAUAACGUUCCGUUGCUUUCCGGCCUUUGUGGGAACACUCAAGCGGUGCUGCAAAACGACGGCAGCAACAACAACGGAGGAUUCCCGACCUUGGUUGGUGGCCAACUUCCUUCAGGUUCUGCACUCCAAAAGCUCAUGUUCGGGACCAUGACCGUCAACGAUGAAAAGCUGACAAAUGGACAUGAGCUAGGCUCAGGGUUUGUUGGUAAGGCACCAGGGUUCUAUGUGGCUAGUUCUGUCGGUGGAACCAGUCAAACAAUGGCGUUUACAGCCAUGUUCCAGAGCGGACACUAUGCCGACACUCUUAGCUUCUUCGGGGUUCAUCGGACCGGUGUAUCGGAGUCGCAUUUUUCUAUCAUGGGUGGUACCGGAAAAUAUGUCAGUGCUAGAGGUUUCGCCAUUGUGAAGACUUUACCGGCGAGUAAUCAUCAGCAGGAGACCGAUGGCUUUGAGACCGUGCUAGAGUUCACUGUUUAUGUUACAUAUUAGAUGAGGGUGCCUAUAAUUUGGUGUGAUUUAAAUAUUUGGAAACUUAUACUG